AUGGAAGCAUCCAGACCUGAAUCAGUAGCCGAAAGUGUGAAAGACGAGCACGUGAAACCUGAAAACAUCGAGGAAAAGUCGACAGAACCAUCUAGACGAGAAUCCGUUGCGGAGAGUCUUAAGCCAGACAGCCUAAAGGAUGAUAAGUCCCAACCAGUCUCUCUGGAGCCAUCGCGACCACAUUCCGUGGCCGAAAGUGUGAAAGAUGAUUACGAAAAGCCUGAGAGUCCUAAGGAUCAAAAGUCUGCAGAGCCUUCGAGAAGGGAAUCAGUUGUGGAGAGCUCAAAACCUGAAAGCUUAAAAGAUGACAAGUCUUUACCUAUUUCCAAAGAAACAUCACGACCAGGCUCUGUAGUCGAAAGUGUGAAAGAUGAACAUGAGACACCGGAAAGUCUUAAGGACGAGAAGUCUAAAGAGCCGUCCAGAAAAGAAUCUCUAGCAGAUGGUACAAGGGCCGGUAUAGACAACAAGUCUCUACCUGUUUCAAAAGAACCAUCACGACGGGGCUCUGUGGUAGAAAGUGUGAAAGAUGACCACGAGAAGCCAGAAAGUGUUAAGGACGAAAAGUCUGGAGAGCCUUCCAGGAGAGAAUCAGUUGCAGAAAGCAUUAAGCCUGACAGUUUGGAAGAUGACAAGUCCCUUUCUGCCUCCAAAGAGCCAUCAAGACCUGACUCUGUCGCCGAAAGUGUGAAAGACGAGCAUGAGAAACCAGAAAGUGUUAAGGACGAAAAGUCUGGAGAGCCUUCGAGGCGAGAGUCCGUUGCAGAGAGUACUAAGCCCGAAAGUUUGAAAGACGACAAAUCGCUGCCUGUCUCCAAAGAACCGUCCCGCCCAGAUUCUGCUGUUGAAAGUGUGAAAGACGAGCAUGAGAAACCAGAAAGUGUUAAAGACGAUAAGUCUGCAGAGGCUUCCAGGAGAGAAUCCGUUGCAGAAAGCAUUAAGCCUGACAGCUUGAAGGAUGACAAGUCCCUUCCUGCCUCCAAAGAGCCAUCAAGACCUGACUCUGUCGCCGAAAGUGUGAAAGACGAGCAUGAGAAACCAGAAAGUGUUAAGGACGAAAAGUCUGGAGAGCCUUCGAGGCGAGAGUCCGUUGCAGAGAGUA